AUGUUACUUUUUCUUCUAGAUGCAUUAAAAGACAGUAAUGAUGCAAUUAAAUUGGAUGAAACAAAUAUCAAAGCAUAUAUUCGUAAAGGUGUUUCAUUAUAUAAUCAAGAUUUAAAAGAAGAAGCUCUACAAGUUUUUCUUCGUGGACUUGAAUUUGAUUUUGCUAAUGAAGAAUUAAAAAUAUGGCAAAAUAAAUGUGAAAAAGAAUUAGCAGAGCAAAAUCCUGUUACUAUGAUUGCUUCGAUUGAAAAAGAAAAAUUAACUACAAAUGUUACACUUGUUCCUCCAUUGCCACCAGCAAAAAUCAAACAUUCCUUCUAUCAAACCGACAGUAUUGUUACUAUUCAAAUUCCUAUUAAAGGCCUGAAAAAAGAUCAAGUUCACGUCUAUUCAACAGAUACAACUAUCAAUAUCCAUACGAAAAUACCUUCUUCUGGUCAAGAUUAUUCACUUGAAGUUGAUCUUGCUUAUCCAGUUGACUCAUCACGUACAAAUUUCAAUGUUACUGGUUCAAAUAUCGAAAUAAAAUUAUAUAAAAGACAAGCUAUACAAUGGACAUCAUUAGAUGCUCAAUCAACAGCAGCUAAAGCUCAAUCACCAGUCCGCCAUCCUAUGCUUCUUAUAGCACCUCAUCCAUUGACUUCUCUUGAAGAUGUUCUGUCGAAUGCCGAAACAAUUAAAUUUCAUAACAAUAUCAAAUAUUCGAUCAUUGUUUUGCAUCCUGGAAAUGUACAUGACAAAGAACUGCUUAUAACUGCAAUGGAUAGUAUUGAAUUCGAAUGUGCAGGUUUAUGGUUUGUUGUAUACGAUCAACCUUUGCCUAUUUCCACAGAUUUCAUAUUAAAAACACUCAAACUUAUUCGUGAAAGUAAUCAUUUCAUUUCAUUAUCUGAUAUUGAUGUGGAAUUAUUAGCAUGUGUUGCAGAUGGCCAAGAAUUAUUGUGGUUGAAUCCUGGAUCAGAAAUUUCAAUAAAUGAAAUUUUACAUUUAUUGAAAUUACAUGAAUGGACAGUAUCAAUGGAAGGAACUAUUGAACAAUAA